AUGGACAAAGUGGCCAGGCUACGACGGAAGAAGGAUCAGCAAAAGGCUUCUGCCUGUCGUCAGAAGGUGCUUCGCCGAUGGUGGGAAAAGCGCUCCAUCAACCGCGACGUCACUACGCAACAGAGCAAGAACUUUGAGAAGCGAAAGGGUCGUCGCGCAGAGCGGGAGGCUGAACAAAAUUUUCUCAAUGAGGAAUUCAACGCCAUGGUCAUGGCUGAGCGCGAGUAG